CGUCAUCAGGGCGCGUCUUUCUUCGCUUUUCCCUCCCAUCCUUCCAGGUCCCGUGGACGUGCUCACCUCUGCUCGGGGCCGGGUCUAUGUCCCGCUUUCCCGCCGUCGCGGGCAGGGCGCCAAGGCGGCAGGAGGAGGGUGAGCGGUCUAGAGAGCUCCAGGAAGAGCGGUCCAGAGAGCUCCAGGAAGAGCGGUCUUUGGCUGUUUCCAUCCCUGAUAGAGAAGAGAAAGGAUGCACAUCACAAGAGGGAGGUACUACUCCAAUUUUUCCUAUUCAGAAACAAAGAAAAAAGCUUAUUCAAGCUGUGAGGGACAAUUCAUUCCUUAUUGUUACUGGAAAUACAGGAAGUGGCAAAACAACUCAACUCCCAAAAUAUCUAUAUGAAGCAGGGUUUUCACAGCACGGUAUGAUUGGUGUGACUCAACCACGAAAAGUAGCUGCCAUAUCAGUUGCUCAGAGGGUUGCUGAAGAAAUGAAAUGCUCUUUGGGAUCCGAAGUAGGAUACCAAGUUCGUUUUGAUGAUUGCAGCUCUAAGGAAACAGCAAUCAAAUAUAUGACUGAUGGAUGUUUACUGAAACAUAUUCUGGGAGAUCCAAAUCUUACUAAAUUCAGUGUUAUUAUUUUGGAUGAAGCCCAUGAGAGAACUUUAACUACAGACAUCUUAUUUGGCUUAUUGAAGAAGCUAUUUCAGGAGAAGUCUCCUAAUAGGAAGGAGCAUUUGAAGGUGGUGGUAAUGUCAGCAACUAUGGAAUUAGCCAAGCUCUCUGCAUUCUUUGGAAAUUGCCCAAUAUUUGAUAUACCUGGAAGACUUUAUCCAGUUAGAGAGAAAUUCUGCAAUUUGAUUGGCCCACGAGACAGAGAAAAUACUGCAUAUAUUCAAGCGGUUGUGAAAGUGACCAUGGACAUCCAUUUGAAUGAAAUGGCUGGAGACAUCUUGGUUUUUUUGACUGGCCAGUUUGAAAUUGAAAAAUGUUGUGAGUUACUUUUUCAAAUGGCAGAGUCUGUUGAUUAUGAUUAUGAUGUUCAAGAUACCACUCUAGAUGGCUUGUUGAUAUUGCCCUGUUAUGGAUCUAUGACAACAGAUCAACAGAGGAGAAUAUUUUUGCCACCUCCACCUGGAAUUAGAAAGUGUGUCAUAUCUACCAAUAUUUCUGCGACAUCUUUGACUAUAGAUGGGAUCAGAUACGUGGUAGAUGGGGGCUUUGUGAAGCAGUUAAAUCACAACCCCAGAUUAGGGUUGGACAUCCUGGAGGUGGUUCCAAUUUCAAAGAGUGAAGCAUUACAGCGAAGUGGCCGAGCUGGUAGAACUUCUUCAGGAAAAUGCUUUCGGAUCUAUAGUAAAGAUUUUUGGAACCAAUGUAUGCCUGAUCAUGUAAUCCCUGAGAUUAAGAGAACUAGUUUGACAUCUGUAGUUCUGACCUUAAAGUGCCUUGCUAUCCAUGAUGUCAUAAGGUUUCCCUAUUUGGAUCCACCUAAUGAGAGACUUAUUUUAGAAGCUCUUAAACAACUUUACCAGUGUGAUGCAAUUGACAGGUGUGGCCAUGUAACCAGAAUGGGUUUAUCUAUGGUAGAGUUUCCUCUCCCUCCGCACCUGACAUGUGCAGUAAUCAAGGCUGCAUCUUUAGAUUGUGAAGAUCUACUGCUUCCAAUAGCAGCAAUGUUGUCUGUGGAAAAUGUCUUCAUUAGACCUGUUGAUCCCGAGUACCAGAAGGAAGCAGAACAGAAACAUCGCGAAUUGGCAGCUAAAGCUGGAGGAUUUAAUGACUUUGCAACUUUAGCUGUCAUCUUUGAACAGUGCAAAUCAAGUGGAGCUCCAGCUUCAUGGUGCCAAAAACAUUGGAUUCAUUGGAGGUGCUUAUUUUCUGCAUUCCGUGUGGAGGCUCAGCUUCGAGAACUAAUUAGGAAGCUUAAACAGCAAAGUGAUUUCCCACGAGAGACCUUUGAAGGCCCUAAACAUGAAGUACUACGCAGAUGUCUUUGUGCAGGCUAUUUCAAAAAUGUAGCUCGAAGAUCUGUGGGGAGAACGUUUUGCACAAUGGACGGACGUGGAAGCCCAGUUCACAUUCAUCCUUCCUCAGCCCUUCAUGAACAGGAAACCAAACUUGAAUGGAUCAUUUUUCAUGAGGUAUUAGUUACCACCAAAGUCUAUGCAAGAAUUGUGUGUCCAAUCCGUUACGAUUGGGUGAGAGACUUGUUACCCAAGUUGCAUGAAUUUAAUGCUCAUGAUUUGAGCAGUGUGGCCCGACGUGAAGUGAGAGAAGAUGCAAGGAGGAGAUGGACAAAUAAGGAAAAUGUGAAGCAGUUGAAGGAUGGAAUAUCAAAAGAAGUCCUAAAGAAAAUGCAAAGAAGAAACGAUGACAAAUCCAUAUCAGAUGCCCGGGCUCGUUUCCUUGAGAGAAAACAACAGAGGAUCCAAGACCACAGUGACACACUGAAGGAAACAGGCUAAGCAGUGAAUUCAGAAAGGAGGAAAAGCAGCCAGGAAAUAUGCUUCUACUUUGCCAGUUAUUUCAGACAGGGCUAUCAAGAGGAAGUGGUCAGGGGUUGUUAAUAGCCUGUGAGCUAAAAGUAAAUCAAAGCUCAUAAAUCAGAGCUCAUCAGUACCAACAAAUGAAUUGUGAUUACAUAGACAUAGGCAAUGAUACUUGAAACCAAUGAAAGACAAUACAUGUAAUAUUUUCCUCACUUACAUUUUGUUGGCCUUAACUGGUAUCAUACGCAGUCAUUGAGAUAUUUUCAAACAAUAUUAAAUUGUAUUUAAUCAGCGUGUGUUCCAUUUGCAUUGAAGCAUUAAAAACUAUUUUCCUUAAAUCUCUUUAAGGUCUUCUUGAUGCUAUUAGAAUAGUGUUAUAUCAGGUAUGUUACCAAUUCCUUCAGAAGGCUAAGACAUAAAGAGGUUUUUACUCAGCAAUACUUAGAUGUCUGUUUAAUUGCUAUAGAGCUUUAUAGAUAUUUAGAGAAAAGAAUCAAUUAGUAAAUAAAAUUGCCUAUGGCAGGAUUCUUUCUUGAAUUAAUAUUAAUCCUUAAGUUGAUUUUUUUGGGAGUAUAUAAAUUCCUUUUUAUAUAAAAAUAUAUUGUUAAAUAGUAGCUUUAGCCAUUAACCAAAGGACAGAUUUUAUAUAUAUUUCUUUUGUAGCUGUACCUGCAUACUUGUGUCAGCACCAUGUAUGUAGGUAUGAGAGUGCUUUCAAACAACCCCUCCACCUGGCCUACUCUGUCUCCAGCUGCUUGGGUAGGACCACUGAGAUAUUAUGCCAGUCUUGAGAUGCAGUUUCAAAGUAGCGACACUACUUCACCAGUGUUUUAAACUGGAACCUUGAGGCUAAUUAGUAUUACACUCAGGCCACGCUCAGCUAUUCUUAUUUACUGCCUUGUAUUCUACUUAUUUAUGUAUUUGUUUGUCUCUUGCACUAGAUUAUACGCUCCUGUGGGCAGGGACUAUGUCUUUUUCAUCUUUGUAUUUUUCAUGGCAUCUAGCAUAGUGCUUUGCACAUAAUAGUCACUUGGUGUUUGUUAAAUAAAGCUAUUAGUGUCAUUAAAACAGA